GCAAAUCCUGCUUGGCCUUUGACGCGACUCUCAGCCAGACCUAUGCGUUAUAUAUUUUUUUCUUCUUUUCUUUUUCUUUCAAAACCCCAUAGUAGCCAUGAUCGUCGACUUCUGGACUUGCCGGUGACAACCAUUUGGCUGGCAUGGUUGCAUGGCAACGCAAUUUUUCAAUUCAUCGGGGCUCUCCGGAAUGUAAAUGACAAUAGAUCAUCACACCUGCCGAGCGAAUUAAAGACGAAACAAAUGUGGAAUGAAGACCUUGGGGUCGCCCGGCGACCGUGAUUGACUUUCAUACUUUUUAAUUCAUCUCCGAAGGGAGGACUCUGGACUCUCAGUGCCUGGCCUUGGCUACCUACGCUUCAACGAAGAUCGUGGAUCAGGUGCAUAGGCUUACCUACCUACCUAUACAUUGCCUACUUCGUUGGCUAGACACCACAGAUGCUGUAGCUGUGUAAGGUAGGUAUCUACCAUCUAGAUACCUUACCUAUCCACAUUGUAUAGGUAUUGAAACCGGAGUUAUAUGGAGAGUAGCAAGGCUGAG